CUGGUCUACGCAAGAUCGAGUACGAUCGACCGUUACGAAGUGUCUUCGAGAGUGUACCCAAUGGACGAAUGGACCGAUCGGAUCAGUUUGUGUCUGGACGAUAUCGGCAGAACAACUCGUUCGAUGAAGCGGUGGAACCAAAUAAAACCAGAGAAACGUUUCAUGCUUCGCCCUCUGGUGCCCACAACGCUGUGUCGCUCGGCGACGUUUAUAGAUACUCCAAUACGGUUGGCUAUUUGUAUUUAUUCAGUUUGUUCUGUUAAAUUUAUAUAA